UCUUCUAUAUAUAUAAUAGAGGGAUUUGCCUCGUACGUAUGUAUUCAUUGAUCUAACAGCGAUAUCUGACAAAAAUUAAUUUUGAAAAUUUAAGAUAUUUUGUUCUAAGAAUGACUACUGAUUAUGAACGUAGUAGAGUAGGCUCUCCAUUCGCAGUCAUCAAUCGACGUUUUCAACAACUUCCCGGUUUUCAAGGACUUAACAAUAUUGGUCAAACCGGCGAUGCCGAAUCAGCCCGUUUAGAAGGUAAUACAACGCAAUUAGAAAGAGUUUGCAGGGAUGCUGAAAAUAUUGCCGAUGAUGUCAUACAGUUUUUCAUUAAUCCAGGAAAGAAGCCACUUAACCGUCAUUGCAAAACGAUGCGAAGAACGGUACAAGAACUUUCAAAACGACACGACAUUUUAUUUAAAACUAUGAUAAAUAGACUCCAAGUGGACGACAUGAAUCUUUUCAUUUCCUUUACAUAUGUAACAGAUGAAAUAUUCGAAGACGGACAAAUUAAUUGGGGUCGUGUUGUAGCUGUUUAUGCGUUCGCCGCUAGACUGGCUUUACAUUUUCAUGACAUUCAAAAACCGGAAAAGUGUAAUCAAAUUGCAUUAUAUACAGGCCGAUACGUUGGUAAAAAACUAGGAAAGUGGAUUAUUGAGUCUGGCGGAUGGGAUAAUUUCUCUGACUUUUUCCCUGAACAAGUCCAAGAAGACAGAUUGUGGAGAGGAUUCGUAUUUGCAGCAUUUGGUCUUGGUGCAUUGGUCAUUGCUACCCAGUGAAACAAAAGUUAACUCUAUUUGUGUUCUCUUUAAAGAUAUAUUUUUGUGAAAAACCUGUUUCAGCAUUAUACAAUAAAGUCUUUUUAAUAACAGCUAAGGAUGAAUUUUUUUUUUAAAUACUUUAGUUGUAAAGCUCACUCUCCUCCUCAUACCUAUUUAUUUAUGUAUUGUAAAUCUUCUUUCUUAAAUUUCUCCCAAACCAUAAAUUCCUGGUGAUAUAAUUAAUAUAUUACCUCAAGAGUUAAAUUUAAAUAUAUCUUAUUCAACACAAUAGAUGUUUCUUAUAACUCAGUGAUCAUCUCUGAUCAAAAAGUCUUAUGGCACACAGGUAGCUAGCCACAUUACUUGGUAUGGGCCACAGAUUCUGUUGCUCCAGUUUUACCAUGUCUCUACCUGACAGAUAGAGCCACUUCAUACUGCACACUGACCUGUAGUGAUGGGUUGUAUGGCAUUUUCUGUUGGUAUGUUUCAUGUUCUGUCCAGGCCUACAAAUUAUGUAGCCUUGGGACAGUUGUGAACGAACAGACUGAAGACCAGGCAUUACAGGCUUCACCAUUCCAUUUUUUUUUCUUUUUCUGAUUCUAAAAUAUCUGUUGUGAUCUUUCUUUUAGCCCUUUAGCAUUCACAGAUUUCUCAGUAAAAUGUAAUGCUUAUUUAUUCACAUUGUUUUGAAUUAAUCAUGCAUUCUCAUAACUUUGAGAUUUUAAUGAUGUGAUUGUCUAAUUUUAGAAUGGCAUUAUAGACUAGGUUUGAGAGGCUUGAUCUAGCCAGUUUAAAGCAGAUAUGGCCUAUUUAAAAACUAGAGUUGAAAUGGUUUAGUAGAGUGACACUUAGGGGAAAUCUAAACAUCUAACCAUUUUUUUUUCUCUUCCCCUAUCCACAAAAGAAUUUUACAUAGUUUUAUCUAUCAUUUUAGAUUUUCCUAAGCAAUUUCUGUUACAUUGUUAUUUUAUUAACUUGCUUAGUAAAACAUGAUCUGAUAUUAUUUUCGCCAGCUUUUUCCAAGUUUUCGCAGCAUUAGGUCGUGCUUUUAGAAAAGCAAAAAUCAAUAUGUAAGAUCUGAGUAUUUAGUAGGUUAUUAUUUAUAGAUUAAGAAAAUGCUUGUCUCUAUAUAAUCUUGUGAUUGGUAAGCCUUGCCUCUUUCUGCUGGUGGCUGGAUGUGUGAUGCUCAUACACUUUUGCACCAGAAGGGAUGUCAUUGUUUAUGUCGUACAGUGUAAAUAACAACACUUUGCUUAUAUCUUCUCCCACUGUCAUAAUUGUAGGCUGUGAUUCCAAUAUAAAGUGUAAAUAUAUAAAUAUAUUACAUGUAUGCAUAUGCUAGCCUUUUAGGUUUUUAAUGCCAAAGAUGAAGAUUCCAGAAAAUGAAGGGUUUUUUUUUUAAUUGUGAAUCAAAAAUUGUUUCUAUGAAAAAUAUUUCAAGUGACAUUAAAUUUUAUUAUAAACAUUGUUUCCUAAUUAUCCAGAAGUACAUAUAUAUAUAUAUAUACAUAUAUAUAUAUGUGUGUGUGUGUGUGUGUAUGUAUGACUUACACAGGGUGGCUCAUAAAAAGCUUUAUCAUCAUGUACAUAUUAUAUAAAUAGACCCAUUUAUAAUCCACCCAGUAUGUAGACAGUGUUAUGUAUAACAGUGACCUCCCUUGUGGUGCGGAAGUGUACGAACAACAGAUGUGUUUCAUAAAGUCUCGUUCCGGGCUGUGAUGCACAUCGGUAGUUGCUGUUAUAGAAAUUGUAUGAAUGUCUAUAUUCAGUAUUUUUUUUCUUUUUUGUCAUAUCAAUAAAUUAAAACCAUUUUUAGUAAAA